ACACCAUCAAUACGUCAAGCUUGUGACUGGUCAUCGGUGGACGAAUCGUGGAGGUGGCGCAUUUUCAGUAAUUGGUGAUUGGAGAUCUCCAAAUAUUAGUCUGAUUAUUGGUUACUGUGUCCCAUUAACUUUGGACCGCGGCUAAUAUUUUUCUAAAACACUUUUUAGUAAAUUAAUUUAGUUAUUUGAAUUGCUAAAAUUAAUUUUGACGAGGUCGUCCAUUAUCCGUGUUGUAAUUCAAGAUGUCGGUGUGCUUCUUCGUGCCUGCUGACCAAGCCGGGACCUCAACAGCAGAGGAGUCUCUCGAGCAGGACGGGCCAGCAGAGGACUCUGCUGACACCCAGCAUCAAACCCUGCAGCAGUUCUGGGCCAAGGUCACCGAUGAUAUCAGAAAGGUCACUGCGGAAGACUUCAAAACCCAAGCACUGCCACUGGCCCGCAUAAAGAAGAUCAUGAAGCUAGAUGAAGAAGUUAAAAUGAUUUCUGCCGAGGCUCCAGUUCUCUUCGCCAAGGCGGCAGAAAUCUUCAUUCAUGAGCUCACCAUGCGCGCUUGGAACCAUACUGAAGAUAAUAAGAGGAGGACACUUCAGCGCAACGACAUAGCGAUGGCGAUAUCAAAAUCCGACCAAUUCGACUUCCUAAUCGACAUCGUGCCACGACAUGAAGUCAAACCGAGCAAGCCAAGGGAGGAUCCUCCGAGACAUACUGCUACCGAACAUGUGGUGCAGCAACAGCAAACGUUGCCGACUUCAAACCAGCAGCAAUUCGUCAUACAGCCGUGCGCUCAAGUUGUCCAGCAACAACAGUCACACGGCGCGGCGCCGAGCGUGGUGCCGCAGCCCGUGACGCUGGUGCAGCAGGUCGUGACGCCGCAGGGCGAGGUGCAGCAGCUGCCGCUGCAGCUGACGCAGGCGCAGCUGAACAUGAUCCGGCUGCAGGUGCAGAAUAACCCCACACAACCCAUCAUCAUACAGGCACAGCCGCACAACUCGCAGAUCAUACAGGUAUCGUCGCAGGCGCAGCACCAGCCCCAGCAACAAGUGUUCCUGCAGGUAGCCAGCCAGGAAGACUCCUAGUCAACUUGAGAGGAAGGGGACGGCCGCUUCUCCAUACAAACGAAGUCCCCAUUUCCCUCUCCGAUUAUGGAAAAUAUGGAGCAUUCCACGGGCUGUCUCGUAUUUCGUACGUCGACGCAUUUUAUUUCCUGUGUUGCCAAUUUCUUUCAGUGUUUAAGAGGGAACAAUACCACGAAAUAUAAAAAUAGAAUAGAAUAAUAUAUGCUUCAUCACACUUGCUCGAAAAAUAUCUUAUUUCAUGCAGGUGUGCUGAAGGACAAAGGCCUAUUUUGUUCCCGCGGAAGUUAUGGACUGUGAAAAAAGCUAUAACUCCCUAGGGAGUUAUAGAUUCUUUUUUUUUCUUUUUUUUUAAUUAUGUCACUUAUUCAUACAAACAAACUAGCAUUAAUGAGUUUUACUUUUAAAAUACUGGAGUUUAUAAUUAAAUAUUUUUGUUUAUGUUUAAAAUUAUUUAAUUUGAUUAAUUUAACAGCCGUUUAAAAUAUUUUUACAUAAUUUUCAAUCGUGGCUGAAUGCCGAAUAGGUCUGUGCCUUCGAUGCCUCACCUGCCAAGAAAUUACAAAAUGGCGGACGAAUGUUUGAUAUGUCACCGUAUGUAAGAAUUAUUUCGCUUAAAAUUUAGUUUUUUCUUCGCAAGUGUGAUGAAAAACAUUGUGUGUAACUCCGGGGGUAAGAAUAUUGCAAACUCGGGUCUUUAAUUACCACCCUCGUAUCCAAAAUUUCACUUACCCUCCUCGUUGCACAAUGUACUAUAUUUCUGUAAUUUGGCAUUACAAGACCAGCAGUACAUUGAUCCCCGCACUAGGCUCAGCCUGUCACGUGGGUAUCUCAGAGAAGUAUCCAAAUGGCGCGGUUCUUAUUUUAACAGAAUAUAAAAAGAGAAAACGUUUUUCCACUUCUAAAUAUUUUUAACCGACUUCAAGAUUUCAAAAGGAGGAGGUUAUCAAUUCGGUUGUUUUUUUUUUAAAUUUAGUAUAAUAUUGACACAUCAUAAGACCUGUCGUCAUGUAUGGAUCAGAGUGUUGGGCCCUAAAAGUGACGGAUGAAAAGAAAUUGCAUGUAGCGGAAAUGAGAAUGUUAAGAUGGAUGUGUGGUGUGACAAGAAUGGAUAGGAUAAGGAAUGAGUAUAUAAGAGGAAGCCUGAAAGUUGCACCCAUAAUAGAUAAAGUAAGAGCGAAUCGCCUAGCGUGGUAUGGGCAUGUGAUGCGGAGGGAUGAAAGUCAUGUGACGAGAACGGUAUUACGAAUGAAUGUGGAGGGGUGGAACGGCAGAGGAAAACCUAGGAAACGGUGGAUGGAUUGUGUGAGAGAUGACACGAAACGAACGCGAGUGAACGAUGAGAUGACGGGUGACAGAAAGAUAUGGAAGGAAAAGACAUGCUGCGCCGACCCCAAAUGAAUGGGAUAAGGGCAAGCGAAUGAUGAUGACACAAUGAAAAACUAGGUUUAUAGGCUUUCCUUUUUUUUGAAAAUUAUCAAAACAAAAAAUAAUAAUUUUAAAGCGCAACCUAUAAACCUAGAAUAUAUUAUGCUGAAGCGAUCGACAUCCAAAUCAAAGUGAUUUGUUAAGAUUUAGUAAAAAACGAUUUCUCCCGAAAUGGAAUUUCAUAGAAAAGGUACCGUUAUUUCGCUAGGAUUCCAAAGCUAUUCUUCCCUCUUAUAGUAGGCGAUUAUUUUUCUGUGCAUAUUUUUGACCAUUGGUCACAGAAAAGACUCACAUCUGGAGUUGCAGGCGUACAUAGGCUACGGAGACUGCUUACCAUCAGGCGGGCCGUAUGCUUGUUUGCCAUCAACGUAGUAUAAAAAAAAGGAGACUAUUGUACAGUCGGCGUCAAAUACUUUGUAGCAACCAAAGUAGUCAAAUAGUUCGGUACACCAUAUAUUUACUAUGGUGUACCGAACUAUUUGACCACUUUGACUGCUACAAAGUGUUUGACGCUGACUGUACCUACCUGUAUAUCUUCAGAAAAUUCGCAUUUGUACGGGGCAGCGGUAGACAAUUGCAUGGAAUGCUCCUUUUGCAUAAUUUAAUAUAUAUAAAAUCCAUAGCUAUGCCUCCACGUUUGAUUUUAUAAGACUUUUAGAAUAAUUUGGGAAAAAUUAGGUGCGAGAAACAGCUUUCAUACAAAUUUUAUUUAAAUACUCGUUCGUUUUUUUUAUCAAUAGAAAAAAGGUAAACAAUCUUGACAUGUAUUCUUAUUGAAAAACGCUUUUUAGGGUUCCGUAGUCAACUAGGAACCCUUAUAGUUUCGCCAUGUCCGUCUGUCUGUCUGUCUGUCCGACGCUUUGCUCCGUGGUCGUUAGUGCUAGAAAGCUGAAAUUUGGCAUGGAUAUAUAAUCAAUAAAGUCGACAAAGUCGUACAAUAAAAUCUAAAAAUUUGUUUACAGUACAUAUGGGGCUACUUUAUAGCACUAGUGCGAGAAGUAGCAUAUUACGUUACUGUGUCGAACAUUUAAAGGGCCAUAUGUACUGUAAAACGUUGUACGAUACAUGUGCGAAUAGGUAAUUCGCAACUCGUGUCGAUUUAAAACACUCCCUUCGGUCGUGUUUUAAUUUAUCGCCACUCGUUUCGAAUUUCCUAUUUUUCGCACUUGUAUCGUAAUGUACUAUUUUAGGGUACCUCCCGUACACGUAAAUUGAGGGCGAAAUUUUUUUUUGCUUCAACCCUAGUGUGGGGUAUCUUUGGAAAGGUCUUCCAAAACUGAUAGGGGUAGGGAUAAUGUUUUUCGAGUGUAUGUAUGUAUGUCUGUUUCUUUGUGGCCUCCUGUAGCCUAAACGGCUUGAUGGAUUUUGAUGUAUGAGGUAUCCUUAGAUUCGUCUUGAUCACGGGAGUGUCAUAGGAAUCAAAAUGACUAUAAGCAACCCUCUGUUGGUCCCCGCCUGCGAUACUUUCCAUCACCAACAAUAUUUUUGUGGGGCUUGUUUUCCUCUUUUUUAGUGUGCAGUCAGGUUUUUUGUUAUUUUUUUUUAUAUUUUUUUUUCAUAAGAUUAUCAAUUUUGUCAAAGCGGACCCCAGGCUCCCUUGAGCCGUGGCAAUAUGUCGGGACAACACUAGGAAGAAAGAAAGAAAGAAAGAAAAGAAAGUUUUCAAUAAAAAGACACGUCCAAAUCGCAUACCUUUUUCUUAAUGCUAAAAAAACGAACUAUAACUCUUAUAAUAAUUAAAAAACCAAACAUAGGGGCAUAACUGUGGUUGACAUACAACAAAUUGUGUCAAAUAUUUUCAAUAAUGUUAACAUCCACAGAAGAAAAUGGCGUAAGUUUGUAUGAAAAACUAAUUUCGCGCGGGUCCUCCAGUUUCGUCUUAAUUAUUCAAAACGGGCUUAACGUUUAUCUGAGGCGGAUGGUAAGAAAUUAUGGUCAUCGAUGGACUGAUUACAGUUUUAAUCAUGUGGCAGUAAAUUUACUGUGGCUACAAAAUUUUAUUUGACAAUACGCCUCUAUUUCAAAUUCUCUUUGUUAAAGGCUUGGCAUGAAGCUGAUUUGUACUAUAGUAAGUAAAAAUUUGUUUCAGUUAGUGUUGGUUAAGAAUCGAGUCUUUUUCAUUAAGACUCUGUUCUUAAGUACCGUCAGCCGUAAAAGUGCAUGGCGACUUUAUGAAUGAAUUCAUUCAUAAUUUCUCCAUGCAAUUUUGCAGCUCCACACCAUACAAUAACGCUGAAUUUCUUUACUCCUAUAAUUUUGGUAAAACCUUCAAAAUUGUCGACAGUCUUUAUUCGGAGGCUCGUGUCCUUCUUGAGUUGCGCUUAAAAAUACUCGGGACUUAAGACACGAAAGUUUUUUAGCGCAAUCUCGUAAAAAUGUGUCGAGUUCUUCAAAUUUAGACUCGAGAGACUAGAGUUCCUACCGACACUAGUAGCCUCACCACGAGUUUGAGACUGACGUAUUCGCUAUCGUCUGCGUGACUUACCUACUUUCUACUUUUUAUUUCCGUUAAUUUCAAGGGUGGAUUCCUGAGCUUAAAUUAAGUAACUUUCUUAAAGAGACCGGUAUUCUAAUCAACUCCAUUUAGGAGAUAAUCAAUAAUUUAUUUUUAUCUGAUAAGAGCGCUACGAGCGUCUACACUUGCCGUAGGGCCUGUUUACAUAUUGAGUAGUGUUUAGUACGAAUUAAUACAUUUGCUACUAAAGCCCGACCUGAAAUAUAUGAUCAUUGAAUCUCAUGUAUAGGGGACAGAUCGGUUUAGUAUGAAACAUUUAGUUCCAGCUAAAUUCCGCAAUAUGGCGCGUGAUCAUAUAUUACUGUUCAUGCUUUAAACGUAAGUACUAUCUCGGACGAUCGAUUUUCGAAAUGACAUUGAUAUGUCACAGUUUUCAGUUAUUUGGUUGAGUUAAAUGUAAUGCCCGUAUUACAACAACGCUAUAUGCAACAUUUAAUUACUUAUUAUUAAAAAAAGAACUUUUUUUAUUUAAGUAAAUUAACUAUUCCAUUUAGUUUCCUCAAACGCACUUACCCAUACCCCGAAGUUAACGGAAUUAUAUAAAAACACGGGCGGCUACCGGGAAAAUCGAAAUUCGUCAAUUGCGGGCAUUUUUCUCUGUCACUCUAAUUAAGUCUUAGUGAGAGUAAAAGAGAAAGAUCCCCGCAAUUUGCGAAUUUCAGUUUUCGCGGUAGGCCCCCUGGUGUCAAACAAAGUCAUUCGCACUAAUAUGACAGUACGAACGAGAUGCAUAGAAAGUAAGUUACGCACACGUUAGCGAAUAUGUUAGUGUCAAACUCGUGGUAAGGCUAUCCACUAAAAUACUACCUAAGAAUAUAACCGAAACUUUACUAACCGCCUGAGAUAAGAACGUGUGCAACUAUUAAAACUCGACGCAGACGGUUCGAGAAGCGAUGCGAUUUGUGCGAGUAGCGCCAUUGACUGAUGACAGAAGCUAUUGCACGUGAAAAUGUACAAUUAUGUGAUUUUUGUAAAUAAUUUAUUUUUUAAUAUAUUAAGUUUAAAGUU